AUGAAUCUCAAAAACCGCAAGAUAUUAAUUACUGGUGGCUCACGAGGCAUCGGCAAGGCCAUCGCUCAAGCGUUCGCUGGCGAAGGCUGCCAUGUCGCUAUCAACUAUUUGACGUCGGAAAAAUUGGCAACGGACCUCUCGACGGAGCUACGCGAUCAACACGGCGUCACGACAGUUACAAUCCAGGCCGAUGUCUCAAGAGAGAACGAUUGUCAAGCACUAGUACAGAAGUCUAUUCAGGCCUUGGGCGGUCUGGACAUUGUCGUUUCCAAUGCCGGAAACACUAAGAUCGCGCCUUUCCACGACAUUUUCGCCUUGUCGUCUUCGGACUGGGAUUACACCUUCAACACGCUGGUCAAAUCGAACAUCUUUCUUCUGCAGGAAGCGCAUGCGCUGUUCAAUUCCAAUCCAGACGGGGGCUGCUUUCUCGUCAUGUCGUCCCUUGCUGCAUUGGUUACCGACGGAUCUUCCUUGGCGUACUCCGUUUCGAGAGCAGCCACCAAUCAUUUGGUUAGGUGCUUGGCAAAGAGCCAGGGACCCAAAAUUCGGGUCAAUGGUGUUUGUCCUGGAUUGACAGAUACCGAGCGGAUUUUACGGGAGGGCUAUGUGGAGAAGUCGGGAUUGAAAAGGAUUACAACGACCGAAGACGUUGCGGAGACAUUCGUAUUCCUAGCUAAGAACCGCGGCGUAACUGGCGAAUGCAUCCGAGUUGACUCUGGAAUGGCUAUCUAG